AUGUCCCCGCCCAUGGUGCGUUCCAUGCCCUCAUCCCCCUCAAGGAUGGCAUUUGGUGGAGGGGGCAAACGAGGGGGCAGUGGAAUGAUGGACCCAGGCAGUGCCACAUUACCACGGGAACACCUGGUAGGGGCAGGGCGAUCCAGCACCCUGUGCACCAGCAGCAGUGCUAUCCUAGAGAGGAGAGAUGUAAAGCCUGAUGAGGAUGUUGGCAGCAGCAAGAGCAUGGCCCUGGUGGUGCAUGCUGAAGGAGGACCACAUUACCCAGACUCCUACUGCUCAUCCCUGCAGGAUGGAGGAGGUCGUCAUAGCAUUGCCUCCUCCCAGUGCAGCGGUCCCUCCUCUCUCACUGCCGACAUAGUGGAUGGUGGGGUCUUAGGGAUCCCAGGGGGAUUGCAACAGUACCGCGCUUCCAUUAAACCCUUGUUGGGCUAUGGAGAGAGCAUGGAACACCAGGCCCGCUCCCUGCACAGGCAGAAGAACAGAAAGUUUGGAGACAGCCAGCUUCCACCAAUGGGAACCAAAAGCCCUUCCCCUUCCCCUCACAGAGCUGGUGAAGUCAGGAUGAUUGAUGGACAGAUCAUUGGAGGGGUGGGCCUGGUGUCUCCAGAGAGGAUGUCGCCAAUUCGCCGGUCUCUGCGACGAGACAGUAACGGGGCCACAGUGGAAGUUAUAAACAGGAACAGAGGGAGUGGAUCCUCAUCCUCCACCUCAUCAGUUUUUGUUGACAGUCCCCUGGGACAACCUGAGAGAUUGUUUCAGGGUCAUGUGGCCACCAGCAACACCCAGAGUGACCGGAUGAAAGCCAUGGAGGAGCAGAUAGCCAGUCUAGCAGGACUGGUGCACCAUGCUUUAUCCAUGGGACCAGAUGUUCCUGGAGUCAAGGAUGCUGUCAGUGAAAAUGCUGAACACAAACUUGUAAACAACAGACUUGGGGUGCCAUGUGAACCUCAGAACCCUGCCUCUUUGAUUGACAGCCUCAGUCCCACACCUCUAGCUCUUCAGGCCCCUCCCUCUCACAGCGGCUUGCAGCAGAACUUGGAGUCUGUGAGAAGGAAUGUGUGUGAACUGCGACAACAACUCAACCAGCUUAAACAGUUACAGCUAUCAAACCAGGAGAGUGUGAGUUCAAUGGUGCGGAUGGCAGGUCAGGAGCUGGUGGUGCUGAUGUGUGACUGGUUGGCUCAAUCAGAGGAGGCAGCAUAUAGACAGAGAGCUGAGAUGGAGGAGGAGAGGAUCCACUAUCUAGCUACUGAGGAGAGAAUACUCAAACAGCUCAGUGAGCUUGAGGACUAUGUGGACCAUUUGCAAAGGAGCUCCGCUGCCAUUCCCAGCCAGUCAAUCACUCUUAGAGACGUGGAGGAGGGAGCAGUCAACUUGCGGAGGGUUGGAGAGGCUCUGGCUAAGCUCAAAGGUGUGUUUCCAGAGCUGCAGGUGAAGAUGCGCUCAGUGCUGAGGCUGGAGGUGGAGGCGGUGCGGUUUUUGAAGGAGGAGCCUCAUAUGAUGGACUCCAUGUUAAAGAGAGUCAAAGCCCUCACUGAAACCCUCAGUUCACUCCGCAGGUGUGUGUCAGAGUCAACUUCUCCUGCCAGAUCAGCCAAGGUUGAGUCUGUAAUUGUUCAGGAAACAGACCGGGGACUUCCAAAGAAUCAGAGCCCUCAGAGCUCCCCCAAACCUCAGCCUCGAUCUUCGGUCAGGUCCCCGCUGCCCACCUCCGUUCUCUCUGGGAGUCAGACUGAGGUUUGCUUGUCAGGCUCAGCCUCCCCCAUUAUGGCCCGCAGAAUGAAGAGCACAUCAGCCUCAGUGGCACAGCCUUCCCACCAGAACCCCAGUGCCCCCCUGACACCCACCAACGGACGAGACUCACCCACUGUGACUAAGGUGAGUCCUUACAGCAGAGAGGGCAGCCCUGGCCUGCAGAGGAGAACAGGCCCUCAUCAUUCUGAUGAACUGGACCGAGCUGUGCCAACACCUGCACAGCAGAGUCACGGCGAUAAAACCAUGACUACAGAGAGACAAACUCCAGAGGGCUGUCAGAGUGAUGCCAGCGAUAUGAUCCAGUCCAGCACCAGCCAAGUCAACCAGCUACCCAGCUCAGAUUCCAGCCAGCCUCCUCUCCCUAACACCAGCACAGACCCUGACCGUGUCCUUCAGGAGGCCCAGGGCAGCCUAAUGAAGUCCACCCAUGGUCUGGAUGUGUCAGAUCCAGCAGAAGGCUUUUCUGAUUCUGCCUCAGGACAAUCAACUCUCACUGCUUCGAAGUUUCAGCAGGACACACCUCUGGAUAUGACACUGCAAGCUGAGCCACAGGUACUUCUGUGUGAUACACAGGAAGACACGUCUGCUAAGCUGAGUGAUGAGCUGGACUCCAGCCAAACAAAACUCCCAGACAUAGCAGCAACUUCACCGCUUCCCACAGCCACUGUGAAACCUCCUGCAUCACCUGUUAGAUCAGCUGUUCUUUCAGCAGCUGACCCAGAGCGCAGCAGCCGGCCACAAAUGGAGAAACCCCGCCGCUCCAGUGUGGACAAGGAGAUGAAGCAGAGCCCAGAAAGGGUCAGCAAGUCACCUCCUCCUCCUCCUCCACGGAGGUCUCAUGGUGUCAGUUCUGGUUUUACUAUGGGAAGUUCCGGAGAGGUGACCUUUACCGCCAUGAAGAAGUCUGGAGCUCAGGAUAAGAGUGACAAAGAGAAAGAGCCGCCUUUGGUAUCUCAGCCCAAACCUCCAAGACAACCACCAGAGGUCAAACCCAAACCCCAGAUGUGUGUUCCAGCACCUCUAACUGGUUCCACCUCCACCCCUGCUACAGCCCCAGCACACAGCGAGGAGGAGGAUGAAGAGGAGGGGCACAACAAAUUCAUGAAAGAGCUGCAGGUGUUUCAGAAAUGCUCUUUGAGGGAUGUAGGGAGCAGAGACAUGGCUAAACCUUCUGUCUCUGAGCUCCAUAGCAGAGAGAUGGAGCUUCAGGUGACUACAGAUCUGUCAGUUAAGAAUCAUUCACCAGGUGGAAAUAAGCAAAAGCCCAAAGGAAAUGCCAGGACAUCCAAAACCUCACAAGUGACCGCUCAGAACCCUUCUGAGUUAGCAACAUGUGAACACCAGUCAGCUCUUAAGUUGGCCGUUACAAAUGGAUCCCCUCUUAAACUCACAACAGUGGCUGGACUGAAAGAAAACAGUAAAGGUGGGAAAAACCCUUCAAGUCUUGAUAAGAAGAAAGAAUUGAAGGAAAGGAAGGUGGUUUCACAAGUACCUUCCAUGAAGUGUGCGACAGCAAAGAAGGUGGUCGUACCCCUACCGGUCACGGUACAUGAUGUUCAGACUGUCCACAAGAAUGAGGAGGUGCCAACACCAACCCAAAAGAAAGCUGGAAAAAUACAAGUAUUUACAGUUCCACCUUCGCGUAAAGAAAAUGAUCUUACUUUGAACAACUCGAACCAGACUUUUAACAAAGUCGUUGAACAGGUGUUCUCUCCAACAGCAGUGGAAAAGAAGGUCAAGUUUACAACAGUUGUUACUCUACAAAAGGAAGAGAUUCAGGGAUCCAUCACGAGUCCUAAACAGACAAAUGAAAAAGUUGUCAAAGAAGUACCAGCAGAGAAGAAGUCUAAUGUCAUGGUAGUUGUAACUUUACAAAAAGAAAAGACCCCAGAGCAUUGCUCUAUAGAGCCAUCACCAAGACUGGAGCAGAUCAAGUCUGUGAGUUCAGAUCAAGAUGUUAUAACUUCUACUCCUGUCCUAAAACCUUUCCCCCUUUCACCUAACCCGACUCACGGCUCCAGCAGCAAUGAGCAGAAUCAGGUGGAAGUGCAGAUAUCCAAAUACCAAUCAGUGUGCGGAGAAGAUGGAGGUACUCUGAGCCCCACUAUUCUGGAUGAUGAGGGACCACCUCCUCCACCACCUUUGAUUGGUAAAUUCAGCCACAGAAUCUCCAAGACCAGAAACAGGACCCUGUCCAAAGAGGAAGAUCUAGCUGAAAUGAAUGGCUCUAAUAUACAGACUGUAGCCAGGGACAGUCCUGGUGAACCCACUUAUGUGGGAUAUGAGAACUGUGGUUUUGUGGACAGUGAUGAGUCUGGCACAAAACCUAUAAUUGUUAUUUUGAAUGAGCCAAUGGACAUUCAGUCAGCCUACAAGCGUCUGUCUACCAUCUUUGAAAGUGAGGAAGAUCUUGAUGGGAUUCUUUCUCCAGAAUGUAUUGUGGAUGAAGAGGAAACAAGGCAGAAUGAAGAGGAGCAGGGUGUGAGAAACAUUUGUAUCACUGAAAUAAGUACUGGCUUAGGCCUUAAAGGCAUCUCAGACAACAGUCUGAAUUCUCCACAAAUGCAGCAUGAAAGACCCUUAGCCAAUAAUGUCUCAGUUCUGGAAAACAAAGACCAGGGUAAAUCAGACUCUCUUAGAAAGACAGAAACCAAAAGAAAAUUCAAAUUCAGGUUUCCCAAAAACAAACUGGCUGCAAUUAGUCAGGCUAUUCGAACAGGAACAAACAAAACAGGGAAGAAGACUCUUGAAGUUGUUGUGUAUGAAGAAGACGAGGAGAUAGCACUGGACGGCAGUCCAGUCAAGGAGAACAAGACGCAGACAGCAGAAUCCAAGAGGUUUGAGAUUAACAGAGCUGAACAAUUCAACUUGGGAAAAGCCAAUAACUGUGACAGCGGCAUCAAGGUCUCUCUUCCUGCUGAAACCAGACAGUCUAUGUCACAAACCCGAGUAGAGGAGCUCUGUAAGAAUACAUUUGACUCUAUUAGCAGUCUAGAAGAAUCUAUUAAACAGUUGGAACUCAGUGUGGACAGUAUGACUGCCCCGUCUUCCCCCUCCUCCGCUCUGUCUUCACCUUCUCAGACCCCUAAUUCUUCCUUCAACUCCACCGACACAGCUCAGUUGAAAAGCAAAGUCAAACAAGAAAGGGAGAGAAGCCCGUCCAAAAGGCCAGCCACUCAGAUCCAUAAGGGCCCAAACUCACCUCAGAGUAAGAGAGCCAAACCACAGCUUCCAAAUGACAGAGGGAAAACCACCACCAAGAAACAGACCUCCAGCAGCAUCUCCAGCUCGUCUGCUCAGCGAUCCCACACCAAGUCUCGCCACUCAUCCUCCUCUGGCUCACCGGAAAAGACACCUAAGAGUCAGCAGCAGGCCACCCAGAAGCAACCCAGUCAGCCACGUCUUGUCGCCAUCUCCCGCUAACGUCAGCCAGGCCCACCAUGGG